UUCAGAGCAGAGCACGCGCCGGGCUCUGAUUCGACGGUGCAGAUUGAUGACGUGUCUAUGAGGGAAGGAGCCUGUACUCCCACGGGCAGCUGUGACUUUGAGUCUGGCCAGUGUACCUGGGUCAACGAGGCCCGGAGAGACGGACACGACUGGGUACAGGCAGACGGACGCUUCCAUGGCCCAGACACUGACCACACCAGUCAGACACCAGAGGGGAGGUUUUUGCUGAGCCCGGCCCUGCCCCAGAACCAGAGCAGUCGGGCCGUGGUGGUCUCCGAGUGGAUCCAGUCUCAGACUGAAGCCACCUGCCUUACCAUCUGGUACCACAUGAAUGGCAGUGAGUCUGGGGCCCUGCGUGUGUUUGAGCGCUCUGGGCCAACAAAACAAAAGUUACUGUUUGAGACCCAGUCUGGGGGAUCCAACUGGACCCGUUUUUCUGGCUCUGUGGAGAAGUCCGGCCCAUUCCAGGUGCUGAUAGACGCAGAAUCUGGAGACCGUGGAUUUAUUGCUGUUGAUGACAUCAUUGUAACGCCAGGGCUUUGUCCAGACAAUGGGACUAGCAGCGACUUUGUGGGGUGCUCCUUCGAGAACGAUACCUGUGAUUGGGCGGAUGUCAGUGUGGGCCAGUUUACAUGGCAGCGGGGCAGGAAUGGCACUACCACGGAAAACACUGGCCCGUCACUCGACCACACCCUGGGCACUGAGCUGGGCUGGUACAUGGCGGUGGAGUCUAGCCGUGGGGAUGUGAACAGCUUUGCAGCGCUGCAGAGUCCCACCAUGAAGCAGGCCAGUGCUGUGUGCUUGCUAGAGUUCUACUACCAUAUGUAUGGAACAGGUGUAGGGGAACUCAGUGUGCUUCUUCAGGAGGGUUCCAGGACCACUCCUCUGUGGUGGCGGUCGGAGGACCAGGGGAACGCGUGGCGUCGGGGGGAGGUGAUGGUGGGUCGUACCUCCCAUGUGUUCACCCUGUUCUUCCAGGCGACCAGGACCUUCAGUCAGCUAGGGGACAUCGCCAUCGACGACAUCCUCUUCCUCAACUGUAGUCUGCCUGAGCCCCAGGACUCAUGUCCAGCUGGAGUGUUCACCUGCUCUAACCGUGUGUGUGUGGAGCAGAGCCGAGUGUGUGACUACACCGACGACUGUGGGGAUGGGACUGACGAGGCCGACUGUGAGAAGCAGGGUUACGCAGGGCACUGCAGCUUUGAGAAGGGCCUGUGCUCCUGGGAGGAGAGUGAGGUGGACACCCCCGGGGCUGACUGGACCUUCCAGAAGGGAGAGAGCGCCUGGCCUCAACACGGGCCGCCGAGGGACCACACCAAAAACAAUGGAGCAGGGCACUAUGUGAUUCCUGGGAGCCACCUGACUGAGAAGGGCCAGAUAUCAGAGCUGCUUUCCAGCACGCUGCUACCCAGCUCCAACUGCACCGUGAGGUUCUACUACUACAGUCAGGAUGAGGAGACGGCCAGUCUGACUAUGAGGCUGAGGACAGACCAGGGUGGGGCUGAUGACACUGUGCUAUGGACCAGAGACUCAUCACAGGACUACAGCUGGCACAGGGCAGAGGUCAUACUGUUCGUACCGGUCAACAGCAAGAUUGUAUUCCAGUAUAAGAGAGGAGAUAACCAUAUUGGUCUGGUUGCAGUUGACGACAUUUCCUUCUUCAAGGAGUGUGUCCACGACCCUAACAACAGCCAGCUGCCAGUCAACCCACCUUCCUCUGUCCCUCCAACUAAUCCAGCCACACCCACUCCCUCAGACCCUCCCACAACUGAAACCACACCCACGUCCUCAGUCCCUCCCACCACCAGUCCCUGUACGUUUGAAAGUGACCAGUGUCUGUGGAGUGACACCAGCGAGGGCGUCAACAGAUGGCAGAGACAGGAAGCCGGAAACCACACAGUACCAGAGACGGACCACACGACUGGCACAGGCUACUACAUGGCAGUCAAUUUCAGCCAGUCCCAAAUUGAGGCUCGUCUCCAGAGUCCCGCCCUCCCAUCCUUGUCCCCCUACUGCCAGAUACUGUUUCACUUCCAGAUGCGUGGUAAAAGUGUAGGGUCUCUGAGUGUUCUUCUGCAGGAGGCUGAGGGCAAAGAGGUAGCACUAUGGUCACGCACACUCACCACCGCCCCCCAGUGGAGACCAGAACACCUGCCCCUAGGUCAACACCUGCAGCCCUACAAGGUAGUGUUCAGAAGCUUGGCCGGGGAGAGCCUCUCAGAUGUCUCCCGUGCUGUUGCCCUGGACGAUAUCUCCUUCCUCAACUGUGACACAUCCUACCAGCCACCAGCCCUGUCUGCCUAUGACUGUUCCUUUGAGAGGGACCUGUGUGGCUGGAUGCGAGGGGCAGAGGAGGACCAGGACUGGCAGGUGAAGUCUGGUCCUACAGACACCCCAAACACUGGGCCUGCUGGAGACCACACCACCACCACUGGGUAUUACCUGUACAUCGAGAGCUCUGCUCCCAGCACCGUUGGUAGUGUUGCUCAGCUGAAGUCCCAGUUGCUGCCCCCUGCAGGGCCCCAGGGGUACUGCCUCUCAUUCUGGUACCACAUGUUUGGGCCCACAGUAGGAUCACUCAGAAUGGUGCUACACACCACACAGUCCCGGCUAGGAACACUGGUGUGGUACAGGGGUCGCACUCAGGGGGAUGAGUGGCAGCUGGCCCAGAGUCAUGUGACCUUACACGAAGUCCACUUGGUGGUAUUGGAGGCCUCGGUGGGCGGGGAGGCGGGGGACAUUGCCAUCGAUGACAUCACCUUCACAGCGGGACCCUGCGCCCCAUCAGACCUGUGUGACUUUGAGGAGAGCAGUUGUAACUGGCUUCAGCAGGCUGAUGAUGACGGUGACUGGGUUAGGGGGUCCGGGUCCACCCCUAACCCUAACACCGGUCCUGACUACGACCACACCACCAACACCGCCACUGGACACUACUUCUACCUGCCCUCAUCGGGGGUUGACCAGCCUGGACAGACAGCCAGGAUGGCCUCCCCACUGUUCCCUGCAGGUAAAGGGGUGUGUCUUCAGCUGUGGUACCACAUGUCCGGGAGGGGCAUGGGGACGCUGAAUGUGUACCAGUGGAGUGAACAAGGGGGCCAAGUAAUGCUGCUGUCCCACUCAGGGGACCAGGGGGCUCUGUGGAGGUUUGCCCAGGCAACGCUGCAGCUGGACAGGGACGAUUACAGGAUCAUUGUGGAGGGGGUGAAGGGGAGCAGUGAUGAGGGAGACAUGGCCUUUGAUGACAUCCAGGUGACCAGCAGCCCCUGUCCUCCCCCUGGACACUGUGACUUCCAGAACAACCUGUGUGGCUGGGCCAACGUGGCCAUGGCAGGGGUGGAUGAGGGGGACUGGCUGAGGGGCAGAGGGGCCUCACCAAACCCCAACACUGGGCCCAGUGUGGACCACACCACCAACUCCUCCUUAGGUUACUACCUGUAUGUGGACAGUUCGGUGGGCCAAUGGGGAGACAGAUCCAUGCUGUUCAGUGAGAUACUGCAGGCGGACAGCAGGGGGUACUGUCUGACUUUCUGGUUUCACAUGUAUGGCCCUCACAUCGGGACCCUCAACCUCUACCGCAAUGACAGGAAACAGCAUGCUAGUGGAGGUGCUGCUGAUGUCUUGUGGACGGAGUCAGGCAGCCAGGGAGACGUGUGGUUGGAGGGCAGCGUAUACGUGGAUUAUACACAGCCAUUCUGGUUUGUGUUCAUGUACUGGAGGGGCCGGGCCCCCGGCGGUGACGUGGCUCUAGAUGACAUCACCAUCCAUCCUGGUCACUGCUACAACACCGUACCCACAGACACUCCAACUCCUACUACAGAUAAUUCUGUGUGGUUGGGAGUGGUUCUCUCUCUGCUGGUGGUGGCUGUCAUCGCCACUGUUCUCUUUGUACUCGGGCGGAAACGCUCCACCAACCUACCUGAACCUCUGGAAAAUGUCCAUGUUUUCGAUCUUAGCAACGGUUUAGAUUUCGGAAGGGAAUCUGCGCUGUCAUUCUUCAACACCUUGUAUGAUCCCUCUUCAGACACUGCAGAGUUCAGAGGGGUUACCUCUGAUGCGUGAGGAGGAAUAGCUCUAAACCGUUCUCAUAAAUGUUAUCAUGAGCUCAUAACAAAACAAAGUUACAAUGUACACUAGGGAGAGCGGUUGAAAAUUAGCUGGCCAGCUAAAACCAUCCCUUUUACUGAAACAUUGAUUAAUGUGCACUAUCCCUGUAAAAAUUGUAAUGAACUCAAACACUACUAAGCAGAGUGUCAACUGAAGUGUAUAAGCUACAGUUUGUAUCUAACAGUAUUCAUAUUAUAGCCUUAGGAAAGCUCGAUUGAUAUACAGUACCAGUCAAAAGUUUGGAGACACCUACUCAUUCAAGGGUUUUUCUUUACUUUUUCAAUUUUUUACAUUGUAGAUUAAAGUAAUGAUGGACUGUCGUUUCUCUUUUCUUAUUUGAGCUGUUCUUGCCAUAAUAUGAACUUGGUCUUUUACCAAAUAGGGCUAUCUUCUGUAUACCACCCCUACCUUGUCACAAUUCAACUGACUGGCUCAAACACAUUAACGAAGGACAGAAAUUCCACAAAUUAACUUUUAACAAAGCACACCUGUUAAUUGAAAUGCAUUCCAGGUGACUACCUCAUGAAGAUGGUUGAGAAAAUGCCAAGAGUGUGCAAAGCUGUCCUCAAGGCAAAGGGUGGCAACUUUGAUGUGUUUAACAGUUUUUUGGUUACUACAUGAUUCCAUGUGUGUUAUUUCAUAGUUUUGGUGUCUUCAAUAUUAUUUUACAAUGUAGAAAAUAGUACAAAUAGAGAAAAACCCUUAAAAGAGUAGGUGUGUCCAAACUUUUGACUGCUACUGUAUGUUCAUUAUUUUAUGCUCGGGAAUUGCAUUUACCAUAGUGACAAGAGGACAAUGCUGAUCAAGAUCAAUAGCUAUGUUAAAAAGUGUUAUAUUCAUAAUGACAUUAGAUUAACCAACAAACCUAAAUCUUUGUAGCUAGAGUAAGAUCGUUU